AUGACGUCAGAUCCUGUCACGGGUUGUUGCUGUUCUGUCUUGCAGUCUGUCAGUGUCAGGGCAGCAGAACAUUUGGAUGUAUUGUAUUUUGGGGUCAUUUACCUGUGCAUUAAACAGGACUUUUAGAUUAUAAUGUAUUAGGUGGGGGACAGGUUAAACUCGUUAAACGUUUUUUUUUUCUUCCCCCAAUUAUGACAAUGUAGUUUUGGUUCAAUUCAAGCAGUUUCUUGCACUGCAGAUUCGAAAUUAUGAGACAGUCACCAAUCUUGUGACAGGUACCGCGAAUUAUAACGACCAUGCCUGGUAUUUAGGCAGCUGUAAUAAAUAGAAACGUGAAGUGGGUACAGUUGUGUUUAAGAAUAAGGAAAUGGCACAAGUCAACAGGCAGAAAUAAAACCGAUCCAGCAACAAAGUACCGGGCGAGGAAAAAAAAAACCAAAAUCACUUUUUUAAAUCUGGGCAGGAAAAUUAGUACGACAUCUGUAAAACUUACCAUACUACUUAGCGUAUUUCCAUUUUACCAUCUGGACCGUGCAUACGGAGUCUCGUCACACAGGGUUUACUGGAGUGCAGUGGAUACAAGCCACUUAUUGUUCUGUAGAUCUAGAUGUCUCCUGUGCCUGGCUAAAUAAGAAACUCAGACUAGUUCUCGAUCGAGAUAUUGGGAUCAGACUCCAGUUGCUGUGGAAUACAACAUUCUUGUCAGCUGGUGGAGUGACUCUCUUCCCCACUUGACCGGGAGGUUGCGGAAAGAAACAAGCGACCAUCCGAGGUGACAGGCUGCAGCUACCAGAUACAUAGGAGGAGGGUCGGGAGAGCUCGAGUUAUGGAUCAGCUAAAAGUGAAGGACCGAAUCCUGGAGAACAUAUCUCUGUCUGUUAAGAAGCUGCAGAGUUACUUUGCUGCCUGUGAGGAUGAGACCCCAGCCAUCCGGAACCAUGACCGAGUGCUACAGCGACUGUGUGAGCACCUGGACCACGCACUACUCUAUGGGUUGCAGGAUAUCUCCUCCGGGUACUGGGUGCUUGUCCUCCACUUCACCCGGAGAGAAGCCAUCAAGCAGAUUGAGGAACUACAGCACAUUGCCACCAACAUGGGCCGCAGCCGGGCUUGGCUCUAUCUGGCUCUGAGUGAGAGCUCCCUGGAGAGUUACCUGCGGCUCUUUCAAGAGAAUCGAACUCUGCUGCACAAGUACUACUUCAAGAACGCGCUGGUCUGCAGCGAUGACCACCUGACCCUCUUCCUCACACUGGUAUCUGGACUGGAGUUCAUCCGCUUCAACCUGGACCUGGACGUCCCAUACCUGGAUCUGGCCCCCUACAUGCCCGAUUACUACAAGCCCCAAAACCUGCUGGAUUUCGAGGAGCGCCUCCCGAGCUCAGACAGCCUGUCCCUCAACUCCUUCAACUCCAUUACCUCCACCAACCUGGAAUGGGAUGACAGCGCCAUUGCCCCCUCCAGCGAGGAUUAUGAUUUCGGAGACAUGUUCCCUGCGCUGCAGUCAGUACCCAGUGUAAACUGGGAAGAAGGGGACCUCACAGACUCUGUCAGCUGCCCUCGCUCUGCAGCCUGUGAGCCUCCCCUCUUGGAGGUGGCUGUGAGGAGCCCCACGCUGCGCUACAACCCAUUCAACGAGGAGUCGGACACGGCCACUUCCACAGAGGUGACCCCCGUGCACCACAACUCCCGGGACAGGAGCGACACAGCUGAGGACGACACAGAGAGCACUGGCACAGAGUUGGAGGUCAUCAGGCUAGCCAGGAGGAGGAAGCCGUGUAAGAAGAAGCGAGGGAAGGUGGAGCCGGUGAGCAAUCAUAUGAGCAGCUCUGGUCCGGAGAGCAGGGGGCAGGAGGAGCUAUCAGAGCGGGAAUCAGGGGACACGCAGGAGCCCCUGGCGGAGAGGGGGGGCCCAGAGGUCUUAGGAGAUGAGGGGCUGCGUCUACCAGAGAUGACCGACACCUCGAUGGACAGCGUGGGUCAGCCACUGCGUGAGGUGAUGGACCAGCUCAACGGAGCUCUGGACACUGAUCGCUGGAGGACAGAGGAGCCCGACGGCCAACAGCCCUUUCGGGAGAGCUCAGGGGGAGAGCCCCCGGACCCCCCUCUACUCCCCCUGGACCAGGGCCUCCUCCAGACCCCCCCUCCCAACAACUUCUACCGCUUUACCCCCGAAAGUCCAGGCCCUGCUUCCCCAGGUGGUGGCCACUAUGACCCUGCAGGGGAUGGCCAGCCGCCGCAUGUUCUUGGUGGCCAUGAAGGUGAGGGAGCGGGAGAAGUGCAGACAGGAGAGGCCGGAGAGGCAGCCAGACCCCUAGAAGAGCGGCGAGUAGAUGAAGGUGAAGAGGAUGUUCAUAAUGGAGCCCACCUGGAUACCGACAACAGCAUUCCAGACUCCCCAAAGCCCAUCCCUGGCCAGGGACCUCCAAAACAUCGUGUGAUUGAGGAAGACGAGCCCAGUAGCCCAUCAGAGGUCAUGCAUCCAGCUGAGUUUAGGGUGGAUAACAAUCACCUCCUGCUGCUAAUGAUCCAUGUUUUUCGGGAAAACGAAGAGCAGCUUUUCAAGAUGAUCAGGAUGAGUACAGGACACAUGGAAGGGAACAUGCAGCUGCUCUACCUGUUGCUUACAGACUGUUACAUCUACCUGCUAAGAAAAGGAGCUGCAGAGAAACCCUACACUGUGGAGGAGGCUGUUUCCUACAAUGAGCUUGACUACAUUUCAGUAGGUAUGGACCAGCAGACAGUCACCCUGGUCUGUACGAACCGACGGAGGCAAUUCCUGCUUGAUACAGCCGACGAGUCCCUGACGGAGUGGUUCCUGGCUACUCUCAAGUCAGCUAUGAUUAAGGGGUACCGGGAGCCCCCCUACCCCUCCAUUCUCACCGACGCCACCAUGGAGAAGCUGACGCUCACCAAGUUCGUGGCACAGGAGUCUCAGUGUGAGGCGACGGACGUUUCUGUCCAGCUCUAUGCCCUUGUUCACUGGGAGGACCCCAUGGAUGUGACUGUAGGACACCAGGGUGGCCCCUACAUGCCUGGUGAGAAUACCCACACUAAGGAGGGGGUGCUGCACUACAAAGCCGGGACCUCCUAUCUGGGAAAGGAGAACUGGAAGAGCUGCUACCUGGUACUGAGCAAUGGGAUUCUGUACCAGUACCCAGAGCGGACUGAUGUGACUCCUCUGUUGUCUGUUAGCAUGGGGGGAGAGCAGUGUGGGGGCUGCCGGCGGUCCAACACCACUGACCGGCCACACUCCUUCCAGGUGAUCCUGAGUGAGCGGCCUGCCUUGGAGCUCAGCGCAGACAACGAGGAGGACAUGGCUGACUGGAUGCUGUACCUGUGUCAGGCCGUGUCCAAGGGGGUUAUCCCUCAGGGUACAGUGCCCAUCCCUUGUAUCCCAUGCUGUCUUGUGCUGACAGACAGGAAGUUGUUCACCUGCCAUGAAGAUUGCCAGACCAGUUUCUUCCGCUCUCUGGGUGGCAGUGAGCUGAUUGACGUGACAGCUGUUUGUACCGAAACAGGCAAAGAGUACUGUAUAAUUGAGUUUGCAGAGGACCGGAAGCAGUACCUGCCCCCCUGGGUUCUGUAUUUCAGCUGCCUGGCUGAGCUUCACAGAUUCCUCACCAUGUUUGAAGCUGCCUGGCAGAACAUCUUUCAGGUGGCGCUGACGCGGCGGCAAGUGGUGGAGCCUUCGGUUCAGAAGAAGUGCCGGGACGCGCUGUGUCUCAUUAGAAGCGCGUGGCAGCGCAGUGACAGCCUGCAGCGUGGCCGGUCAGAGAGAGACCCCUGGUGCUGAGAAAGGGGAUAACCAGAGGACUCACCACUAACCAGGGGCAGGGGCAGGAGGCAGGGGAAGGGGGGGCCAUGUGGCUUCAGAACUCUUCCCCCCCCCCCCCGCCAACCUUCAGACUAGCAGAUCCUUGUGGAAAUCCAGUAAAAUAGAACCUUUUUCAUCUUCACAGAAUAGGGCACGGCACACACUGUGCCCAUAGAUUCAUAGAUUCUGGUAAGGGAGUGGGAAGGCUGUGCCUUGAGUUUGUGGGACUUUGACUAUAACUGGGGAACCAGCAUACAAAAACAACUAUUCCAAUAGGAUCGUAGCACACUUGCCCCAUAGAAUAGAAAAAGGCUAAACUGGAGCUGGACACUAUCAUCGGUGAAGCUGAGGAUCAUCUGAAACAGGAGGACCACAGUGAUGGCUGCAUCAGUAUCCAGCAGCAUUUUGCACAGGAAGCUGCUCAAGCAUAGCUAGCAGGAAUUGGCUUCUAGUAUAUAAAUAGGACAGGAGGGUAAUAUACAAGUGAGAGAUAUGACUCACAAAUGAUAACUAUUUGGUCACUAUUUUCUUUGAAUUGAUUCUAUUUAAACUAGAACUAUUUAAUGGUGUUGGGACCCUAUUCGAAAAAAAGGAAUGCCUGUUAUUUAAAUGGAAAAUCAGAUAAGAAGUGACCUGUUUAAACCGAUAUUAGUUUUCAUUACACACACAGAAGGGCAGUAAUAGGAGAUCUGAACGUGUAACGGUACUGUCACCGAUUGUUCCCUGCCAGACAGCCAGUUUGAUUUUGAAGUCACACAUCUGUUGUGACAUUGUGAUGUUUGUUUAGCGAUCGAUGCAUUGGCGAGGUACAAACCGGUUGUAAUAAUAGAGGAUACAUGGAAAUCCAGAGAGAAAUGCGUUACAAAAUAUAAGUGACGGAAGCUAAAUCCGCUUUCCUAUUCACUGUGAGGGGUUAUGUAUUCCUGGUAACACUACAGCGAGUAGGGGGGAUUCACAGGGAGAAACUUAGGAACUGGAAUGGAAUAAUGAUCGUGUCUGAGGAGCUUUUACACUACUGCAUUGUUCUUUGUUUUAAACUAUAUGUUUUGCAAAACACUUCAAGACGCAGUCCCCCACAAUCAUGUUCAAUUUUGCACUAACUGUAGUUUAUCCUUCUGUGCAUCAGAAAAUAUACAGUCCAGUUACUGUACAUUCUUCUGAAACCCGCUUGCAAGCAGUCUGGUGUACAUUGGUAUAGCGCAGGAAGCUAAUUAAUGUUUGAAAUGUAGCCCUUGUUUACCAUACAGACGCUAUGGACACAUUAAUUAGUAAAGAUACUAAAUAUGUGGGAUGCAAGGGGUUGAUGUCUGACAACCAGUUCCUUAAAAAAAAAAUACAUUUCAAUUGUUGCCACAAACUGCACAGGACCUUUUUUUUUUUUUUUUUAAAUAAACUACAGAAAAGAGUACUUCAUUUUGAAGUAUGGUUGUUUGCACUGUGUGUUAAUCCAACCUGCCUGACUGGUUUUAUUUUUUUUUUAUUUUAAUUGAGACUGAGAUUGAGAUGUUUAUUCUGGAAACUUCUUUUCAGUGGGAGUAAGUAUUAUCUACAUUUAUAGAAUUAGGACCUUCAAGUUAAGGUAUCCAUAUAAGGGGUUAGUUGUACUAGUCUUUGACUACACUGUGGGCAGCUGGUUAUAAUGGACUGAAAAGACCAGUUCACCCUUGACUAUUUUACUCAGCACUUUUGUAUAAGAGAAGGCAGAAUUACUGACGGGGCGGGGGGCUGGAUUCCAGCGAAGGGUACGAGAUGCAAACUGGUAUAAUACAGGGAUAGAAAUGAGACUCCCAUUGCACUGCAGUUUGAACCAUUCCUGGUUUUACUGGGAGUUUAAUGAGACAACCUGAGCUCGUUACCUUUACACUGGUUGAUCAAGCUUGUAGUAAAACCUGGAAUGGGUAAAACGGCUAUGUGAUAGGAGUCUUAAUUCCAUUCCUGCAUUAUUACUUUGACACCCUAUUAUCGUUGCACGCGGGUCAAAAUAGACAAUUAUAAUAUUAUUUUAACCCUGACCUUUUUGUCAGGUCGAGGAUGAUAUUUACCUGCCUGCGCAUGCCAUAUUAAUACAUAUUUAAUUAUAUCCAACAUAUUAACCAUAAACAGCAUCUUGCUUUCAUUUUGGACGGUGCAAUCAAACAUUGUAGCCUGGGUUUAAAGUCAUGUAAGAUAUUGAUAGAAUAGGUAUAUAGGAGCUGUGUCUGUGUUAGUGUUGCUAUGAGGAAGGUACUGUACCGUCUGUUCAGGUACAGGGUACAUCAUGUGUACUUAUUCUAUCAGAUGAUAAUUAAUAACACUCUGUGCAUGUGUAUUUUUAUUACAGUUUAUUAAUUAUAGCCCAUUUUCUAACAGGUGUACAGCAACUCAUGAAUGUAUAAUACUGUAAUCUCAGUAACACUUUCAUUUCUGCAUGGUUGAAAGUUAUUGUUUUGUAUUAUUAUAUACUACUGUAUAUUGUUGAAUGUAUAUAUUAAGAGCUGUUGUAAAUAAAUUGCAGUAAAUAAAAUAGAA